UGGGUAGCGUCAGGUGCUGUCAUCACAUUUUCCUUGGCGACGCAGCGGCAGCAGAAGCAGAAGCAGCAGCACAGCGUUCAAAGCCCCCCCAGUCCUUAUCUUCUCCAAAGCGGACCAUGGGGAUCUUAACAGCGUCCUCGUGCAGAGAUUUACACGGUAUACAGGUCGUACGGAGCUUGGGAGCGCUGUGAUUCAACGCUACAAGACGUUGGUUAAUUUGUGGAUUUCCAUUGCCUGUAUUUGACAUUUUGCUUGCUUGCUUGAGACUGGAAGCAGGUGCACCAGAAGCACGAGGAAAGAAGGACGCCCGACAAUUGCAAGCCAAAGAGAUCUAUUCCGGAGUCCUGCGAGAUAUCAAACUGCAAACUGCAAGAGAGAGAUUCAACCCCGUCCAACCCCAUAGGAUAUCUGCUCCUUUGAACAUCUCUGAAGUUCUUUGACUCCUUGCUGAAGUUCGAAGUUUUUUUUAGAGGAUAAAAGGUUGAACCAGAUACACUUCUGCUAAAACACUUGAUGAAAAUCUUACCACACUAUCCCAGUUCUCUCUACUUCUCUGGGAAUCCGGACCAGCUUGGAUCUAAGAGGAUAAAUACUGACGGUGAAAAUGUCUAGAGGGACUGCAGUCUGCGCUGAGCAGAGCCAGCCUUGCUUGUUUCUUCUGCUGGCAGCUCUUCUCGUCCUCACGCUGUCCUCCGCUGAAGCUACAGAUUGCCCUCACCUUUGCGUUUGUGAAAUCCGGCCUUGGUUCACGCCCCAGUCCACCUACAGGGAAGCUACGACUGUGGACUGCAAUGACCUUCGCCUCACACGAAUCCCUGGCAACCUCUCGAGCGACACUCAGGUCUUGCUUCUGCAGAGCAACUACAUCGCCAAAACCAGCGAGGAACUGGAGCAGCUCCUCAACCUGACAGAGCUGGAUCUUUCCCAGAACAACUUCAGCAACAUCCAUGACAUCGGCCUGACCAACAUGUCGCAGCUCACCACGCUCCACCUGGAGGAGAAUCAGAUCGUGGAGAUGCCUGACUUCAGCCUGCAGGACCUCACCAAUCUUCAGGAGCUCUACAUCAACCACAAUCAGAUCAGCUUCAUUGCGCCCAACGCGUUCGCCGGCUUGCGCAACCUGCUCAGGCUCCACCUGAACUCCAACAGGCUCAAGGCCAUCGACAGCCGAUGGUUCGAUUCGACGCCCAACCUUGAGAUUUUGAUGAUUGGGGAAAAUCCUGUGGUUGGAAUUCUGGAUUUGAACUUUAAGCCUCUUGUGAACCUGAGAAGUUUGGUUCUGGCAGGGAUGGAACUCACCGACAUACCUGGGAAUGCUUUUGUUGGACUGGACAAUCUCGAGAGCCUGUCCUUCUACGAUAAUAAACUGGUGAGGGUGCCUCAAAACGCCCUGGAGAAACUGCCAAACCUGAAAUUCCUGGAUUUAAACAAGAACCCAGUGCACAAAAUCCAGGGAGGAGACUUUAAAAACAUGCUAAGGCUGAAGGAACUCGGCAUCAACAAUAUGGGGGAGCUCGUCUCCAUUGAUCGCUUUGCGCUGGACAAUCUCCCAGAGUUGACCAAACUGGAGGCCACCAACAACCCCAAGCUUUCCUACAUUAGCAGAUUAUCGUUCCGUGAUGUUCCAUCUCUGGAGAGCCUCAUGCUUAACAACAAUGCUCUGAACUCGCUCUACCUGGCCACGGUUGAGUCCUUGCCUAACCUGCGGGAGAUCAGCAUCCACAGCAACCCACUGCGCUGCGACUGCGUCAUCCAGUGGAUGAGCUCCAAUAAAACCACCAUUCGCUUCAUGGAGCCUCUUUCCAUGUACUGCGCAAUGCCGCCUGAGGUCAGAGGUCAACGCAUGAGAGAUGUUCUCUCCCACGAAUCUGCUGAGCAGUGUCUGCCCAUGAUCUCCCACGACACCUUCCCCAACCACCUCAACCUGGACAUAGGUAUGACGGUAGACCUGGACUGCCGUGCAAUGGCUGAACCCGAACCGGAGAUAUACUGGGUGACUCCUCUGGGUAACAAAGUCAUGAUGGACACUGUAUCUGAUAAGUACCGUCUGAGCAGUGCAGGAACCCUCCACAUAUCCAACAUUCAGGUGGACGACUCCGGUCACUACACCUGCGUCGCUCAGAAUACCGAAGGAGCCGACACCAGGGUGACCGCCAUUCGCGUCAACGGUACUCUCCUGGACAGCACUCAGCUUAUGAAGAUCUACGUGAAGCACACCGAAUCCCACUCGAUACUGGUGUCCUGGAAGGUCAACUCCAACGUCAUGACCUCCAACCUGAAGUGGUCUUCCGCCACCAUGAAGAUCGACAACCCCCACAUCACCUACACGGCCAGAGUCCCCGUAGACGUCCACGAAUACAACCUCACUCACCUCCAGCCUGCUACCGAGUACGAGGUUUGCCUCUCGGUCUCCAACAUCCACCAGCAGACUCAAAAGUCUUGCGUCAACGUCACGACCAAGCACGCCACCUUCGCCGUGGAGAUCUACGAACAAGGCACCAACACGGCCCUCGCCGCGGUCAUGGGAACCAUCCUGGCCAUCAUCAGUCUCGGUUCCAUCACCGUCUACAUCGCCAAGAGAUGGAAGAGGAAGAACUACCACCAUUCGCUCAAGAAGUACAUGCAGAAAACCUCCUCCAUUCCUCUCAACGAACUCUACCCGCCCCUCAUCAACCUGUGGGAGGUGGACAGCGAGAAGGACAAAGACGGUUCCUCGGAACCCAAACCCAGCCAGGUGGACACCACGAGAAGUUACUACAUGUGGUGAACCAGAACUGUUCUUUUAGAGCACAAAGACACAUCUUUUGCUUAUUUGUGCGAAGAAAGAAGUGGAUUUUUUCUCUGCUUUGCUUUAAUGGAAGCAACUAUACGAACUGAUAUCUCAGACUUUUUAGUAGAGCGUAUUGCCUUUCCCUGUUCUUUGACUCAACUUGGCAGCUUUGUUUAGUUUCUGAGACGUUAGUAGCUGUACUUUUUUCCCGUUCACUUUAUUUUAACGGCACAGCAUAGAUAUUGUCAAAGAUUUUUCUUUUUUUGGGGUCGAUUAAUGCUGUAGCAGUAAGUUUGAUCCAGUAUUGAUACGUCUUUGGCAGUAUUCAAUAGAGAAUGCAGAGGUUUCUUUCUCUCUUUUGUAAAACAGUUUAUCUGUUGUGCACUGAAAUAUAUCUUAACAAUUUUGUCCAUGGACUCCAAUGUAAGCUGACAAGGUGAGUUUAGACUUGAUACACUGUCUAUUGAAUAAUGUUAGCCAAUGUUCUGUAAUGUUGUAUCAACUAUAAUUUUAUUUUUGUUUCAUCUUUUUAUCUGACAUUAUGUUUGAUUUAGAACUUAAAGGGACAGUUCAGCGUUUUGAAAUAUAUUCCAGGUUUUCUAUAUAUCCAGAUCUAAUGAAUUCACUUUCUCAUUUUCAUAGCAUUUUAACCUUUUCUCAUACAGUUCGAGAGCCAAUAGUUUAGUUGAUAUAUUUAAUUAUUACAUCAUAAAUCAUUAUGAUUUAUAUGAGAUUUUGAGAUUAAAUUAUGUACACCAUCAUUGGUUCAUCAUGGGUGCCAUUUGUGUCAUACAGUUGUAUAUAUGUAUACAGCUCUGAAAAAUAAGAGACCACUUAAGUUUCUCUGAUUUUGCUAUUUAUAGGUUUAUGUUUGAUUAAAAUGAACAUUGUUGUUUUAUUCUAUAAACUACAGACAACAUUUCUCCCAAAUUUCAAAUAAAAAUAUUGUCAUUUAGAGCAUUUAUUUGUAGAAAAUGAGAAAUGGCUGAAAUAACAAAAAAAAAAAAGACGCAGAGCUUAGAAAUCAAUAUUUGGUGGAAUAACCCUGGUUGGUUUUUAAUCAAAAAAAUUCAAGCAGUUCAGUUUGGUGGUUUGAUGGUUUGUGAUCAUCCAUCUUCCUCUUGAUUAUAUUCCAGAGUUUUUUUCAAUUUGGUAAAAUCAAAUAAACUCAUCAUUUUUAAGUGCUCUCUUAUUUUUUUUCCAGAUCUGUAUGUAUGUUCUGAAUUUGUACACAUCUAUAUUUAAACGCAAUUACAAAUUGAAACAAAUACAAUUUAAACAUGAAUCAUUAAUAUUAUAUUAAUAUUAAAAUAGUAUGGUAAUCUGACUCUGGAUGAGCAGAAAAAAUGGAAUUAUUGUCAAAAUGUUGAACUGUUGCUUCAAGAUUGCAGGUGAGAAUUGUAUACCAGCAAUAGAAAUGUGAAUGUUUAACGAUUAGAUCAGUAGAAAAUAAUGCUUUUUUAUUACUCAGAUUUGUUUUUUUAUUUGCUAGAAUCAGUUAUUGAUCACUUGAUUUGUCGUGAUUUACACAUGCAAAAUAUGUUGCAUAUUGAGGCGCAAACAAAAAUAAAAUACAGUUUUGUUCUGAUAUUUUUUAUACAA